AUGAAGUAAAUCUCUUAAUACUUAAAGACAAUUAGAAAUGGGCAUUUCUUAAAUGUCCCUGUUUAAUCCAACAUUCGAGGCUUCAAUUCAAACAAUAUGAAUCAGAGAACUAUAAAGCCUCAGAUUAGUCUUUCUUCACAGAUUGAUGUUUAUUACAGAUAGAUUAUAAAAUUGGAUGAAAAUGAUAUCAAGGAAAAAACCAAUUAAAUUAUAACCGAACUUUUUCAAAAGUUUCACAAGGCUAGAAUUAAUGACUAAGAAGACUUGAAAAAAAUUCAUAAAAUUCUAUGUAUACUUCUCGAUCAUAAAGAAUAAUUUAUAAAGCCAAAGAUCUAUAAUAUUGGAGAGGCAGCAGUACUUUUUAAUGUCAAUGAUAGAGAUUUUUGGAUGAGGUAUGAGAAUUAGUUAAAAGACAUAGUCAAAUAGGAUAGUAAAGACCCCUUUAAUUCAGCCUUUAAUACCCAAGAUUUUGGCAGGAUAUUUAGAACGAUAUGCUAUGUAAAAAGUUACAAUUUCAGAGAAUUGAGUGAAGCAAUUGUCCAUAAUUAUAAAAAGUAAUUAAGGUUUGAACUCAAAGAGAAUGACUAAUCAGUUUUCAAAUAGAACAAUCAAGAUUAUGUAAAAAUUCUAGUUGCUCUAGACAAAGGUAGGCUCCUUGAUAAAAAUAUAGAUAUCGUAGAAAAGUAUGACAGAUUUAUGGGUGAAAACUUCGAAUAAUUCCAAGAGUAAUCUCUCAUAUAACUUGCUUUGGUAUUCUCAAAGCACUCUGGGCAGUUAGCGAAUAACAUAUUCUAGAAGUCUUUUGAUAAAUUUCUUGUUACAUAACAGAAGAAAUGGUUGGAAUCUAAAAAUCUAAGGGAUCUUUCAAAUAUUGUAGCAGUCUAUAAGAACUUAGAACUGGGGAGUCGAUUAAAGCCGGCUUAAAUAGAAAUGAUUAAUAUAGUUGAAAAAAUCUUUAUAAAAGUGCUGAGCAAGUUUGAUAAUAAUAAUGUGCCGCUUUAAGAUGUUACUACAUUUAUCUAAGCUUUAGGAAUCCUUGAUCAUGGAUAGAAAAAAACUUGGGAGACUUUGGAGAAGAUUUUAUUGGCGAAUUUCGACCAACUUAAUCAAACUGAUUUUGACAUGGCUUUGUAAGGAUUUUGCUAGGGAACUUUCGAGAAGGGAUCAAUGAAAUUGCGCAAGUAUUUUUCAGCUUGCAUUAAAAUGAAUCAUAAAAACAAUCCUAAGGAGUUUAUUAAGGCAGUCAAUCUUCUAAGCAAAGACCGUGAAAGAAUACCUGACCCUGAAAUAUUCGACAUAACGUUAUCACUUUUAGAUAAAACUUUAGUGGAUCCAUCAGUUCCUCCUACCUAUAUAACCCUUUUUGUUAAGGUUAUCUCCAAGUAUCGCCACGAAUAAAUUACUAAAGGCUAGUGUGAACGAACUAUGAAAUAUAUCAAGGCUAAUAUUAGUAAGCUUAGCACUUUUGAAAAAUCUGAAAUACUCUAGGGUAUAUCUUUGAUUCCUAAUUUCUAAAAAGAGGAUGUUUAAUAUUUAGCAGAUGAUCUCAAGUAAAGCCUAGAUUCUCUCAACUUCAAGAAUCUCAAUAACUUGUUCAGAGCUUACAUUAAUCGUUAUGAGGAUUUUAGAGAAGAUUUGAAUCUCCUACUUGAUUAUAUUACAUAAAGAAUAAAGAAAUACAAUGAUGAUAAAAAUAUCAAUUUUGAAAAAAUGAUUUAGGAAAUUCAAGUUUUUAUUAUCAAUCUUUCUAUUAUGGCCCUUGGUAGUGAUGAAUUAUGGAAAGAGCUAAUGAGGCUAUACUCUGAAAAUUAUAUUCCAUAUGCACACAGACAUGUGAAUAUCUAAUAUUUGUCAUGCAUUAGUUUCUUCAUUAGAAGUUAGUACAAAGUUAUUUAGACCAAUCCAGAAAAUGAUUCACAGUAAUUUAACAAGGAAUUAGAAAUCUAAAUAAGAGAAUUCACUUAAAAUUACAGAGAAAAGUUAAGGAAUUACUAGCCAAAUAUGAUUAAGUUCACAUAUAUACCUAAACUAUUUGAAGAAAAAGCAAGAUUUAGAGAAAAUAAGGUCGUGAUUAAUGAUGAUGAUUUCAAAGAGAAAUUAAACGGAUUUUUACAAUGA